AAGCGUUUUCACUGUUUUCUUCCACGCAACACUCGCAAGCACGCAUCCUCUUCCACGUUCGUCUGUGUUUAUACGUAUCUACAUAUAUACUGUACACACACAUAUAAAUAUAGGUGUACCUCUAAUUCUUUGUAGCUGAGUUUCAUUUUCCAGUGUCUUCAUCUUUGACCACGUUUCUGGGCUUUAAUCAAUGGCGUUAUCUAGAAAUAGUACAUUUCCAAGUCUGGAAAGCUCUGAAUUUUGUUGUGGUAGUCGGAUUUUGUUGACAAGACUCAAUAGGCCGAGUCCUAUGCUAUUCGUUAGGAAGAAUAAUACUUUAGCAUGCUUCAAAGUGCGGUGUACAUUGUCAAGAGAAGAUGCCACUUCCGUGAGAUCAGAGGGAAAUGGUCAGACUGCUUUAUCUGUUUCUGUUGAAGAAGAAGAACCGGGACAUGUUGUGAGGUUCAAGAUAUCUGAUUUCAAGAUUGUCAACCAUAUCAGUGUCGGCCUUGGUGCACGGGCGGACGAAGUAGUUUUUGAAGCCAUAGUGAAGAAUUCUAGUAGCCCGUUGUAUGGUUCAAGAGUUGUUCUCCGACGUCUUAUUAGUGCUCAAGCUCAGCGUAGGGGUAAAAGAGCAAUAGAGGUUUUGAAGAAGUUAGUUCGUCGUAGACUUUUAUACCAUUCAUAUUCAAUGCAAGUCCAUGGUUACAUCUCUUCAAUCACAAGUAGUGGUCGUGGCUCAUUCACCUUAGUCCAUGGGUAUCAGGGAAGUUUUUCUUUACGACAUUGGCUUCAACAAUCAGAUUGGCUUCCAACUUUAGAAGCUACUCUUGCAUUAGAUGAUGAAUCUGUUAGGAGGGUAGGAGAUGACAAAAUUGGAGGAUCUGCAGUUUCUCGGCAGUUGCGAAUUAUAAGGAUAUUGAUGAGAGAUCUUUUAAUUGGAGUGAAUUACUUGCACAGCCAUGGACUUGCCCAUACAGAAUUGAAGCUGGAAAAUGUGCACAUAUGCCCAGUGGAUAGACAUAUUAAAGUAGGGAUACUAGGUAAUGCCGCUGACUUUUAUGAGGAUGGUACAAACACUGGUACUCCAGACGACAAUAUCAAGAGGCGACAAAUGAUGAUUGCUUUUGACAUGAGAUGUGUUGGAUUCAUGAUGGCAAAAAUGGUGCUGCGAGAACUCAUGGAUCCUUUAGUAUUCACAAAGUUCAAGUCUUUCCUCACAAAGGGAAAUGAUCCAUCUUGCCUACGUGAAUUUUUAUUGCAAUUGCUCAACAGGAAUUCGUCUUUUGGAAAUGCUGGACUCCAAAUGCUUGAUAGGAACUGGGGUGCCGGUUGGAAUCUUCUAUCUUUAUUGCUUGCAACUGAGCCUUCUAAUAGAAUAAGUUGCUUAGAUGCUCUUAGACACCCGUUUCUAUGUGGACCUAGAUGGAAGGUUGUCCCAUCCAUGAAUAUUAUCAGGUGGGGUCUUGGCUCUACUGCAGUGCGUAUUUCUGAGGAGUACAUCUACGGCCAGCCUCAGCGCAGAAGACUAGCCCAUUUUAUUGAACUGAUGGAGAUGCUGAAUCCUCAUCCAAAGCCAAAGAAUUGGCUGGAGUUAGUGCCAGGAAAGUGGCGUUUGUUAUACUGUACUGGUAAGCACAUAGGUCUGACCUUCCGACAACCACCGGCACGAGUUCUUGUUGGUAACGUGAACCUAACAAUAUUGAGAACAUCAAAAUCAAACACGACCCUUUCGCUUGCCUCUGAGAUUGACUUCACAGUCAUGAAUGGUCAGAAUUGGCCCCAUGACAAGACUGGUGUAAAUGGGAAAAUGCAAGUGAAUUCACUAUGUAGAUUAACAGCAGGUAGGCGGCUAUAUAUCCAGGAAGAGAAUACAACAACGGGAAACCUCUCCUGGAGUCCAAAUACCCAUGAUUCCUUAGCUCAGAAACUUUCUGGUCGGAAAUGGAGAAAAGCUGUUCCGUUUAAGGAGUUACCGACAAGCCUUCCGGUGGCCAAGCUUGUUUCAAAUGACAUUGAAGUGACGUUGAAUCUUGGUGAUCCUUUGAACAAAGACAUCGCUGCAGCCGGAAAUGUAGUUCAAGAAGUUCGUUUACAGAUCCCCCCGGAAAUGUUUGAUUUAACGAAGCUAGUUUGUGGGACAUAUGUGGAUUCCAGGCUUUUAGUGGUGAGGGGAGUGAAUGGUUCAGCUCUGCUGUUCACAAGAUCUUGUGUUGAUGAAAACUUGAGAUGAUUUGUUGAUAUUCAUCUCUUGUGUAUUCUUUGGAUGUAACAUGUGUAAGUAAUUGUUUAGAAAAGGAAAACGGUGAUGAACUAUUUUCCACAUUCCUUAACAAUGCUUCCUACAAUGGCUGCUAUCUAAUCAUGGUCAAAUUUCCACAAAUACAAACCAGUUAUAUGAGACGUGUA